AUAUAGUGAGAAAUAUAGAUAGCAUAAUUGACAACCAUGUAGCUGUUUUCAUUUGAAUCUAUACAUAUAUAUAUAUAUAAAACCUCAGUUUGUGGUAUCUAUACAAAUAAUGAUACCUUGUAAAAGUACAAGUAAUCCAUUGGAAGUUUCUUCAUCAUUAAUCUCAGCUUGUGAUUGAACAAGCUGACUCAAUCAGCUGUUAAGGCUAAUGUAUUUGAACGUGCUCUACGAGAAUGUUGUCCAAUGUUUAAGAUGCUAGCAAGGAACCAUGAUAAACAGAGACUCCAAACAGCAAAACGAGAGAACGGGUAAACUAGACACAAGUGAAGUUGAACUCCAGUUUUUCGAUUCCUGCUACAUGUUGAAAGAGGAAGAGGAUGAAAAGUGGAGUGGUUGGUUAAAGCCCUCCUGUAUUCCUCUCACAAUUAUUCUUAUCUUAAUCCUAUUGGUGGUGGUUCUUCCUCUUCUAGAUAAUGAAAAAAAUGACGACGAUUCAUCAGCAAGACUAAGCGACUUGACAUACUUAAGAAAAAACUGUAAUAGUCCAUGUGUUUUUCAACUUGUUGAAAGUAUUCCAGAAAAUCUCACAUAUACAAAAGGUUCACCUCUACACCCAUCUAUAUUUGAAGGAUGGCUUGAUUUAAUUGAAAAAGCUGAGAAAUCUAUCGAUAUUGCCUCAUUUUACUGGACACUACGAGGUGAUGAUGUUGUUCCUGACCCAUCUGCUUGGGAGGGUGAACGUGUUUUUCAAGAACUUCUUCAUGCCGGAAAUACACGAAACAUUAAUAUUAGGAUUGCUCAAAACAAGCCAUCAAUAUAUCAACCAAAUAAGGAUACUGAAUACUUAGCAAGAAAAGGAGCUGCAACAGUACGAAGUGUAGAUUUUGACAGAUUGAUAGGUGCCGGGGUGUUACAUACUAAAAUGUGGCUGAUUGACAACCAACACUUCUAUAUAGGUAGUGCUAACAUGGACUGGAGGGCUCUCACUCAGGUUAAAGAACUUGGAGCAAUAAUGUACAACUGUAGUUGCUUAGCAACAGAUAUUGCCAAGAUAUUUGAAGUAUACUGGAUGUUGGGCAAGAAAGGAGCUAAAAUUCCUCCCACGUGGCCAAUAUCUCUUCAGACUGACAUCAAUGCUGAAACACCACUAGGUGUAACAAUCAAUAAUACACUAACAGAUGUCUAUUUUUCUAGUUCUCCCCCGCUGUUCUGCCCUGAUGGCAGGACCAGUGACAUCGACAGUAUUCUCGAUGUGAUUAAUAAAGCAGAAGAAUACAUUUUUGUAGCUGUAAUGGAUUAUUUUCCAACUACACUUUAUACAAAGACCAAACGUUACUGGCCAGUCAUUGAUGAUGCUCUUAGGAAAGCUGCAGUAGAACGGAGAGUCCAUGUGCGUCUUUUAGCCAGUUGGUGGAACCACACACGUCCUUCCAUGUUAUACUUCAUUCAAUCUCUAGCUGCCCUCAACAGUAACGACUUCCAAAUUGAAGUGAAACUUUUUAUAGUGCCAACAUAUACUGAAGCUCAAGCGAAAAUUCCCUAUGCUCGAGUGAAUCACAACAAGUACAUGGUCACAGAUAAUUCUGCUUACAUUGGAACAUCUAAUUGGUCUGAAGACUAUUUCAUCAACACUGGGGGGAUUGGUUUUAUUCUAAACCAAUCACAAAAUGAUACUGCUUCCAGCCAACCAAUCACAGAUCAAUUAACUGCUGUCUUUGAAAGGGAUUGGUUUUCUGAGUAUGCUCACUCACUUUCUGAAUUUGAAAGAUAUAGUUGAACGAAUCAAAGAUACUACUUAGUAACAAACUAAUUAAAGUGAAAGUUCUAAACAAUAUUUUUGGAUCCCUACAUAAUGUGAAUUAAUAUAAUUUAAUUUAAUCUAAAAUAGUGUAUACUGUUAGGUCUCUGGU